AUGAUUAAGUUCUGGAAAAGUGCAGCAAAAGGUAAAACCGGGUGUCCAGUACGUCCACCAGAAGUAAAAUCCGUUAGUACACCAGAUAUCAAAAGUUUAAUUAAUACGCAAAUACUACUAGAAGAAAAUGAAGAUCCCAAACAAAUGUUUGAGAAGAGUUCUAAGUUGUCUCUAAGUGUAAAUGAUAUUAUAUUUGAAAAGAAGGCACUUAAAUAUUUUAUACAAUACAUGGAAUCAAUAGGAAAACCUGCCCUCAUUAAAUGUUUGUUGGAAAUAGAAGAAUUCCGGAAACAUGUACUGAACUCAAGUAACACCACUGAAACUGGGAAUUUAUCAAAAAUUAAUCGUACUCAAAGUUUAGAUCUUCCAUACAAGCAUGAACCGAAACAAGACAAAGAUAUUAAGUCACAAAAUUGCAACUGGAGAGAAAAUAAUGACGUGUUCACAAGUACGAGUAAUGCACGCUUUAAUGAAUGUUCAAUGAGUUCCUGCAGCAACUUAUCUGAACAUGACACAUCUGCACGCUUAAAGUCAUCCAGUGACAACAAGCAGCUCCAGUGGGACUACACUGACGAAGCCGUAGCUAUAUUUAAGAAAUAUGUUGCUUUAGAAGCCCCAUACCAAUUGGAUUUACCAGAUAGUUAUAGAAAAUCUGUAAUCUCAAAUAUCUGUCAACCUGAGGGACAGAUACAAGAAAACUGCUUUAAACCAGUGCAAGAAGUUCUAAUUAGCCAAAUAGAAAAUAAUCACUACAACGAUUUCAUUAACAGCCCCUUUUACAUCAAAGCACAAAUUGACAUUUUGACCAGUGGCUCUCUAAAUCUUAAAGACAUUUUACAUAAUGAAACAAUUUUGUUUUACUUCACAGAAUUUUUAGAACAAGAGUCCUGCAGGGUAUUAUUGGAAUUUUUAAUGGCUGUCAUGCACUUCAGAGAUAAUUUAUUAAAUGGUUGCACAACAAGCUCUGACCAAGCUCAGGCAGAUGCUAUAUCUAUUUAUGAGAAAUACUUUUCUCUCCAAGCUACACAUCCUAUUGGAUUUCCAACUGAGACUAGACUAAGAAUUGAAAGUGAUAUAUGCAGAGAGGGGGGUCCACUUCCAACAUGUUUUGAUUUGCCUUAUCAAAUUGUGUUUAAAACAUUGACUCAAUAUGUUAAAACAUUCCUAGAAUCAGAGUUGUAUUUCAAAUACCUCUCAGAGAUGAUUCAUUCAGUUGACAACAUGUGGUCCUCUCACCAUAAAUCACAUUCCGAUUGCAGCAGUGAAUUUAGUAUUAGUACUCAAAAUACUCUCCUUGCAAUGGGAGACCCAGUCUUCCGGAAGAAGAAACGCAAUCUCUCUGUACCUGACAUGACUAUAGACUCUAAUCAACUGUAUAAUGCUGAUGCUUUGUGGCAGCGAAACAGACCAGAUGGUUUAAAUCUUGGAAGAGUGAAUAGUUUAGGCAGAUUCGAAUCUAAAUUUGAGCCUGAUCCAGACAAAAAGGAUAAAUCUGUGUUAAAGAAAAUGGUGAGCCGGUUUGUACCUAGCAAUACUUCUAAAGUGGAAGAAGAAAUGGCGUGGCAGAUAGCACAUAUGAUUGUUAAAGAUAUUACAGAUCUAACCAUGGCCCCACCUGAUAAUGAGCAUGAUGAUAUGUGAUAGUUAUUGUAUUUUGUAAAUCAAUAAUGUAUAUAAUAUAUGUAUAUGUACUUGUAACUAAUAAAUCAUCUAUUUCACUUAAUAUUGUAAACAUGUGUACUUUUUUGUCUUCGAACUUCGAAUGUACAUCCCAGAAUAUUUUCAUAUAAUAAAUAAGCCAUAAUGUGAUAUACAAAAGUAUAUUAGUAAAAACGUAUAAAUAACACAAUAUUGACAAUACUGGGAAUGAUUUGAUCACAAAGUAGCGUAAUUGUUAAUACCCGGCGGUAUCGGUGAUAGCUGUAACCUCGGCGGUUCAGAGCCUAACAGGGGGGACUGUUCAUCAUAAAAGCGAAAUUCUUUUCGGGACUCGUUACUGAACGAUGGCAUUUGUCUCCAUUUAUUUGUAUUCCAUUUUCUAUAGACAAGUGCAUUUAAUAAAGCUUGCAUGGGAUUUGUUAAUGCCUGAAACAAGAGUUCAUUAAUUAAUAUGUUAAAUCAAUUGUGGUACUUAAUCCUGUAACACAUGUUAAUAUUAACUAAAAAUCGUGGGUUACUCACGUAUAUUCAAACGUGCUCGGUCGCGGCGAUGUCGUGCAACCUACUCAACCUGCCGCGACCGCGCACGCUAAUCAUAAGGAAGAACCCCUCUGUGUUUCGAAACUAAUAGAUCUUUUCUCAGUAUAUUCACGUGAGUAACCCGCGAUUUUUAGUUAAUUUAAUAUGUCUUACGAAAGUUAUAAUAAAAACAUGUUAAUAUUUUCAUAUUUAUGAUACUGACCAUUAUGUACCAUAUAGUUAUAAUAACUUUCACUGGUAUAUUGAACCACAUUGUCCACAGCAGGAGCCCAUUGAUAAGGUUGGGUAGCCAACAUAAGUAGAACACGACAUUGAUCAAGAAAAACUUUAAUCUCAAUGUGUCCACCACUCGUCUCUCUUUGCUUGUGAACUGAAAGAGAAAAAUAGUUAUGUUAGAUAUAGAUAGUCGCUAGCCGAGUAGUUGUUAGUGUUUAAGGUACACUCACUACUUAGGACUACGGGAUUCCAGAUUAGGCUGUUGAGAUACGGCCAUAAUAAAACUUUGAUUUCUAAUUCCUCGGCAAUAAUAAGGCCUCAAAAUUUAAAGAACAGAAUUUUGUCUACGUCGAAAAUAAAGGCGACAAUUAUAGAUACACUACCUACAAACUUCAUAACAUCAGAAAUCUAUUUUAAAUCAAUGCGACAUUAGAAUACUAAUUUAAUGAUAAUUUAAUAUUGAAAAGUGUAAGAUCACAAUCAUAACAAUACAAUAUUCGAAUUAAGACGUCAUAAUAAAAUGAAAAAAUAUAUAUUGUAGCUCCAUUUCUCAUUUACCAAGGUUGCUCAUCAGAUAUUAACAGGAUAAAGUUGAAGAUAUACAAUUUGAUCACUAUUCAAACAAGUUUACCUUAGCAUAUCAUAUUCGGAAUUUAAUGCAUUCAAUGCGAAUGACGCAAAUGUGCGCUAACGUAACAUGUAUUACUAGCUACUUCCACGCUGUUUCACCCGCUCUGCUUGGCGCCUAUCGAUCGUAACUUUUUAUAGCCUUCCUCGAUAAAUGGAACAUCUAACACAAAAAGAAUAUUUCAAAUCGGACCAGUUUUUUUAUACGUUACAGGAUGGCGUUUGGCCACCACCAUUUCCUGAGAUUAGCGCGUUCAAACAAACGGACUCUUCGGCUUUAUAUUAUAAUAGUAUUAGAUUAGUCACGCAAUGUACUACAAAGUUAGGUUUGAAAUGCACGAAGUUGUACUCGGCCGGAUCUGCACGCUCUAGCAUAUUAAUUCGGUUCAAAGUUAGUCCUAUUGAACGGACUCGCGUCUUAUAUCGUUUAAAGUUUAGUGCCGAUUCUAGUCUCUCCCAAAAGGUUGUUCCACAUCAAGUAAAUACGACAAUUAUUUAGCCUCUUUAGUACUUAUAUGAAUAAAAAAUCACCGCCUCUGGUUUUCAUGAAAUAGUUAGGCUUAUUUUAAAGCGUUAUUUAAAAAGCGGAUUAAAUACUGCGAGCGCCUUAAACUAGUCUGCGCUAUGCUUUUUGGAUAGCAUUGGAUGUUUAUUCAUCCAGCUUUUAGAUAAUCGUAUUGGGGUCACACGAAGCCUGAUCACUAAAGUAAUUUAAUAAUACGGAAGUCCAUUCAUUCACUGCGCUUGUGAGUGCAAGUUUGUACGACAUCUCGAAAUAAUCGACCUUAGCUACUAAAAUAGUCCAAUCAACGUAAGUUUGUUUACGAAAUAUCACCUAAGAAAAGAAUAUACGAAAAACAAGUCUUGAUAUUUAAGUUUCCUAACUUUAAACUUUAUAUAAUAUAUCAAAGGGGUACAUACACUUUUACUAGGUAAGUAGGUACUAUUUUGAUCUCAAUGAUUUUCGGUUUUUUAAGAUAAUCAGGAAAUGUGGUAUCAUAGACAAGUUGUUCUAGUUGUAAUACUAUACCUGUGCGAGAGGCACUGCUACCGCCAUUUCAACAUCUUUACUUGACAAUACAUACAUUAUUGGGUUUACUAUCAUUACCAUGGCUAUAGGCAAGUAUGUGGCACAGUAAUUAGGUAAUAUCUUGUAUAAGGCACUUGUUACACUUGGUAGAUUGUGGCAUCUGCAAUGAUAUUAAAAAAGUUAUUAGAUUUAAAAAAGUAUUUAUAGCUCUAAGGCCAUGCAACUUUCAAGGUCUUUUUGUAUCUAAUUUACAUACACCUAAUUUGAAUGAUUAUCUUUCUAUAAAAUCUGCAUAACUAGU